AUGGACUCCUCUCUGGUUCCAUCUAUUGUAGAUCUUCUAUCUUCUGGUAAGCUCAAGGAAAGAAAUCACGGUCUCGAUGAGUUGACGACGUUGUUGAAACAAGACCCUGGGAAAUUGCCUCCAAAAUAUUUGUACUCGAUACUAGAAAUCCUAGUAGAAAUCGUGGAGCUAGAACGGGUGAAGUACGAGAAACUGGUUGCAGACGAGUCGGAGACCACAGCAAGCAGAAGAACAGCCGUAGAAAACCGACUUUCUUCUGCGUCUUACGUCUUGAGACUGGUAGUCCUCACUACCAACUCCAAAUUCAAGUCAAAGCAUGUCAAAUUUCUGGUGACUUUACUACCAGAGCUGAUGGCAGUUUCACAAUCGCCAAAGCUGCUCACGGGUGUUUCGGUCCACCUCCUCUGUGCGCUGGAGUCACUGGUGAAUAGCGAAUGUUUUCAAUUAAAAUUCGAGCCUCACCAAUGGGCGACUCUUGUUCGAAAAUCCUGUGCUUAUUUGGCCUCACAAUUGGAUUUCUCGCUAAACAAUAAUGACAUUCAUUAUCUUCUCAAUAUUCUGAACACGUUAUUGCACUUGGACUCCGCAAAUCUUCCCGAAGUUGAAUCCGAUUUUAUGGAACCCUUAAUAAAAAUCCUACAACGCUCCCAUAUGGAGAACGGGUGCACCAAAUCGCUACUACGACUCGUAAACAGCUACGUUUUGUUCAACCACCUGGUUAACUAUGUUAAUUGCCUCGAAGUGCUGGAGUCAACUAUGCGCUAUGUGGUCCGGAUAGGAAAAAUGAAUACCGACGGAAUUGAUCGUGAACUGGCCAUUUUUAAUGUUUACCUGAGUUCUUUGGCUAAUUUUCGCAGACUAGCUCCCACCCAGAAAAAUGAGAUCCCCGUGCACCCUGAGCCCGAACGAUUUAUCCAAAUAUUCGAGGACUACAUAAAUACCACCUUGUCCAACAUUGAUCCAUUGGCCCUCAAAGUAUCAUCCUAUCAAUUCGCGAAUGUUUCAGAUCGAAUGGAGUGGCUUGAAUAUGAAGCCUUUCAGCUGGAUCGUAGCUCCGAAAUAGUGCCAUCUUUGACCUUAUUUGCAAUUUGCGAGAUAUUAGCGACUUACUAUCAAAUAAGUGAUGCAAAAAGUGUGGAGGAGGAGGGCCUUCUUUUCAAAAGAUCAAGGAAAAAUCUGUCGUUUGAAUCUAUUUUAUGGGAGACUCUCAACCCAGCAUCCUUUAUAUCCAAAUGUCUUGAGAGCUCUGACAAAAACUUCCAACUGAUUGCACUUCAAGUUUGUGGUUUUUACGCAGCGUCUCAUGACUUUGAAGGAUUUCAAAUAGAUCAGUUGGUGACUUUGAUAAUUCAGAGGUUCAAGGAUCCAAGAAUGGAAGGCUGGGUAUGUUUUGCGCUAACGCCGCUGCUGUCUAGCUCCAAGUCUGAGAUACCGCCACAAUUGACGCAAAAGAUUUUCCAUUUGACCCUUCCCCUAGUAAAGUCUAUCGAAACAUGCCGAAGCGCCUGUGCUCUAAUAAAAUGCCUGCUUGAGUUUCAUAGCAGUGACUUGGUGACAGACAGUUUAAUUGUGCAACAAGUUAAUAACCUGUACGAGCUUUCUGAUGUGAAUGGGCCCGCAUUGCUCAAUAAUGAGGCUUUUUUGUUUUGGAUGCAUUUGUAUAUCUUCGAGCCCUUUAGACCAGCAACACACAUCUCUGCUUACACCAAAACAACCUCAUGGCUGAUUUCGAAAUGGAAGUACGUCGAUUUCAGUAAAUCAGAGCAAUCGCAAUUUCACGUAUUUAUUGCCUGGCUGGCUGGCGUAAACUCGGCUGAUCUGGAGAGAGGAGCCAUUGACCAUUUCUCACCUCAAUUUGGUCUUUACUAUCUCAACUGGGAGCGCUACUCUCAGGAGCGUGAGUUUUUGCUAGGGCGUCCGAGUUAUCUUCCUCAAAGAGCACAGAACUCUCUAGUUGUGCCCAAAGCUUCUAUUGAUACCACUCAACUAAGGAAUGUUAUGAAAAUGUUUGUCACAUAUAUCAGCGAAGCAACUGACAGUGAUAUGACCAGAAUAAAAUGGUGUUGUAAAGCAGUUAAGUUAAUGUUUCAACUUGUGGGCCAUCCAACUUUGACCGAGCAGAUCAGGGAACUAGAAUGCGAAAUAAUUAAAGCCGCACGCAGAAUUACAGACCCUUUGGUGUUCCUCUCGCAAGAUAUUCUCAACGAACUUUACACACUCAAGACGGUGACCGUUCGGUCGCACAUUUUUUUUUCAAACCUUACGAUCCCGAGCUUGUUGAGCGUUUUAGGCAGUAUUCUUCUAGAGCAAGCGAAGUUACCCAAUAGUACCGACGCAAUGGACAAUUUCGAGAACUCACGCGAAAGAAAAUCUCAAAGUUCAACACCAGCAAUGCCUGAGAGGAUCAUCGCUACAAUUGACGGCCCAGUUAUAGAUUGUGUUUUGCGGCUUAUGUGCUUAAAAGGCUCUACACUGGUUGGAGAAACUAGAGAAGAUAAGCUUAACAACUUAGUGGUGUUCUUGGGGAAUAUUCCAGAUAACUGCAUCUUUGCAUCAGUGCCUGCGGUCAUAAGGUUCAUGAAAAGUGCCGGCCCAUUCGAGUCUGAAUUGAGCUCUAUGGGGCGCUUGACGCAAAUAUUAGGAUCGGCACUCUUAAGUCCCAAAUACAAUACGUCCGAUGUUUCAAUAUCAAGGUUAGCAGCUUUUCUGGACUCUACGCGGUGGGCUUGGCUCCCUGGCACAUUCCAGCAGCUACACUCCGAUUCAAUUGAUAUUCUGGAUUGGCUCACUACAAAGCUCAAUGAGAACAGUUUCAGUGGAAUUUUGGCUCUCACAGAUAUGUCAACUCUAUUACUCAAUAUGCUCAGAUUUCACGACCUUUCGAGCGGAAGCUUUGUGGGAGGAAAGCAAAAAAUUUUUGGUUCUCUCAUCAAUUGCUUGCGCCGUUUACCUUUGCACGCAGUUAUCAGCGCUGUUCAAGGGUUCCAGAACUACUUGGCUAAGAUUAGUUUAAAAAAUCAAAUUAUCGUAUUUUCGGAGUUUGCAGAAAUAUUCCAGCCCUUGGAAGAUGCUAUAGAAAUACCUGCGUUUCACUCGAUGCUUUUGUCCAAAUCGGAAAUGGCUGCCGGCCAUCAAGUUGUCUUGGCAGCUCUUGAUCUGUUGCAACGACAUAGCCGUGCUAUAUCUCAACCAUACGUGGAUCAAUGUCUUGACAUACUCGCUAAGUCGAGCGGGUUAGAAAGUAGGCAAGAGCUUUUUCACUUAUUUCGCUUUGAAAUUAUUGAUCACUGGUACAACCUAAGCUUAACUACGCCAAGUCCAAACUUUGAGCGGUGGGAGAUAUCGGCAUUUGGUUUUGAAUCAAGGAACAUAUUUGUGAAGCGCUACUCCAUUGAGCUUUCAAGUUUUUGUUUUGCUAAUAACCACCAACUCUCUUUUCUUAUCGAGAGUUUACGUGCAGCUACUGAAAAAAAUGAUAGAAGCCUUCUUGAAGAUUGCCUCCAUUUAACUAUCCCGUUAGGUCAUUUACUAGCUAAAGAUUUCGACUUCAUUCACAAACAGCACAAGCAGGCACUCGGCAAGCGCUACGCCUCUCUCAAUAAAGAUCUUGCUAGAGAAAUUGCAUACUGGGUUCUUCAUUUCACAAAGUGGGAUUCUAUUGAUGUGCUGCGAAGAAUUUUUAAUGGUCUAGGUUCCAAACCCACGUUAUCCACAACACUCUUAGCCUGUUCUACUACCUCACUCAGGGUCCAUAGCAACUUGCAACUGGAUUCAGAACUAUCGGUGACUAUACUUAAGGCUCACGUCCAUGCGCACCACCUCGAUGCAUUGGACCUGAGUUUUUUACUAUUCAGAAUAGCGUCAGAGAUGAAAAGUACCACUGUACCUAGUCUGAGGGUAAACAAGCUGAGGCAGAUAAAGUGUUUGAUUUUGCUCUUUGAAAAAUCUCUGGAAGCUUGUAGUGCUCUUCCAAAAGUGGUUCGUUACUUGACUCACAUUCUGCGUGGUGAAGAACUGUUUGGCGAGUUCGUGGAUUUGUUACACUUUAUCAUCUUGUUGAACUUCAAUCACAUAACUGAGGUCAUUGAGAUGUAUUUGGCAAUUUUCACUUUCUUUCUGGGAAAACAUGGAAUGCCCAUAGCUCGGGUUACUGCUGCUCUUGAAACAAAUUUAUCUUCCCAAGAUGACGUUUUGGCGGUGAUGUAUUCCAGUACUUGGAAGGCUUGUUUGGGCGUCUUGAAGGGAGAUAGUUUGGAUUCGCGUGUUUAUUUAAAUGAUGAGCUCUUGAAAGUUGAUCAACCGUCAGAGGACAGAUAUUUGUUGCUAUCCAACCUCUUUGAAUUCCACUCAAAACCUGAGCCAUUUCCUCUAAACUUUACCUACUCUCAGCAGGUAACUUUAAAUCUGAUUGAUCCACCGUGCCGGCUAGGUGAGGUGGAGACCAAUUUCAACCAGUGGCGAGGUUACUACGUUGGUGGUUUUUAUUUGAAAAAUGCGUGCAUUCCCAAGGCAUUGAAAUGCCACCCGCUUACGUCUUCACCAGACUGCCAAAAGUCACAUCUGCAACGAUUGAUAAACAGUUUGAUUUCAUCAUAUUCUCAAUCAGAAGAACCUGACUCAUAUCUAGCACUUUCAUCUGCACUUGCUUUGUCGUCGGAGGCACUAGCCAAAUAUUCCUUUGAUAAAACGUCCCCUGACGUAGGACUAUCCUCGACGAUACCAAUCUACAUGCACUUAACAACUCGCGAAUUUCGUCUGCUUCCUCUCAAUGAGCCAUUGUUCAAGGGAACUACGGCACAUCAUGAAGCCGGCAUUGGCCACAUUUCUCACGAUAAAUGGAUUGCAGUCCUGAUUUGUGAAGUUAGCCAAGAGCUCGAACUUAUUUUACCAGGGUUCUGCUGCUUCGCAGUUUUAGCAUCACAGGACACUUCAAUCGCCGAGUCAAUGCUGCUAGACCUGCUUUUGAUUUUAGAGAAUUUAAACCAAAGAAACGGUUCAGCUUUCUUUCAAAAAUUAUUGAAGAUUGGCCCAAGCUUGAUUCGAGUCACAGAUAUGGUGGAUUUUAAAAUGAAAGCAUCCUUUCUUCUACGCGUAUUCUCUACAGUUCAAAGGGAAAGUGGCCAAGGUAACAGAAGCUUCUCAGUGAUCUACAAUGAACUCGACCUACGAGCGUUUUAUAAAUUGGCAUCCAGCGCGGGGAAGCCAGUACUGGCUUACAUGAUUUUUGAGGAGUGUUCAGAUGGUCUAGAUGGCAGCGACUUACCGACACUGCAAAAUGUAUUUGAAGCUGUCGGAGACUUCGAUUUGAUGCAAUCCCUUCCAGUCAACCCUUCAAUCGAUUACGCUUUAUCUUCUGUCGCUAAAUUUGAUGCAAGAAGCUUCAAAAACUUCAUAUUUAACAACUGCAAGUUCAACGUUGAUAGCAUCUUAGAUAGGGGCCCACAGCUGGGUGAUCUCAUCAGGACUAGUAAUCUCAAUGGCUUUAGUGGUUUGGCAGAGAUUCUUGGCAGUGCAGACGCAAUGCACUCGAAAAGAACAAACAAUGAAGCCUUCCAGUGGAGCUUGAGACUUGGUAAGUGGGAUUUACCUGCUCCUGAGGAGUUCAAUUCCGCUUCUGGGGCCCUUUACUCUCUGUUGAAAAACGUUCAAGGGAAGCCAGCGGAAAUUAUGAAUCUUUCUCGUUCUCAUUUAAGCUCUGUGGUCCAUAAGGCUUCUUUAUUUCUCAAGCAGGAUGAAUGGGCAGCCUCUCUUACCACUAUUUUAUGCAUUGAACUAUUUAAUAGCCAUUGCGACCAGCCCCAAUAUCUUCGAUCACUUAUGGAACAGACACAAAAUUUCGACUUGAAGCGAAUGGAGAACGCAGCUUUUACUGACCACCAAAUUUACAUGAAAGCCCGUCAAAUGUUUCUUAGCCUUUUAAGUGACGCUUCCGUCGUCCAAGCUUGUGAAUGUGUUGAGUUGGCAAACUAUGCUAGUAUUGCCAGACAAAGUAACGACGUACACGAGUCGUUGACAGCGGCGAUGUUGCUCGACAGGAAAGCUGGUGUUCUCGGUACUAUGACGGAGGACACAUAUUGGAAUCAGCUGGCUACCUUAGAAGGCGCUCAAGCUCUUUGGUUACAGGGUGAGCAUCAAAUCGCGAUUUCAAUGCUUAGGAAGCUGCUCCACGAAAAAAAAGAACCUUCAUUCGUUACAACAGCAUCCGAAAUUGGAGGGGUUCAAAUAUCUUCCGUUCAGUUAAGAGCACUACUGGUUGAGUGGUCAUCUUUUUUACGUAAAGAAAAUGCCCAAUCAAUUUAUGCCAAGUACAUCUCAGAGACGACUAGCAAUAUAUCCACUGUUGAAAGUUACGAUGAUAGAGCUGAAAUAUUCAUAAAAUUUGGGGAGUUCUGCUUUCAGCAGUUAAGACGUCUUGAAGAUGACGACACCGUCCAUGAAAGGCGGAAAAGAUCCAAGCGUGGUAAUACGGAACUAAGCAGUCUACUGGAACUUGUAAGAGAUGCAAACAUUAGCGAUCAAGAUAGAAAGGACGCUAAAAAGCACUAUAAUAGAUUAAAGCUCCAAAUCGAACAGGAUGAAGAUUUUUUGGCAAGUCGCACCAAACAAGAACAGCUGUUUACUUGGAAGUCAAUUCACUUCUACUUGAGUGCUCUAGUAUACGGCACUCAAUUGGACGAAAACAUUUUAGAUAAAUUUUGCGGCAUCUGGUUUCAGUACGCCGAGGACGGGGAGCUAAAUUCUAAGUUAUACCAUGAAAUUAGCUCAAUUCCGAGCUUUAAGUUUAUUCCGUGGGUCAAUCAACUAACUUCGCGUCUUAAUAUGGACAACACACCUUUCCAACGAAAUUUGCAGCUGACUUUGAAAAGAGUCAUGUUCAAACUUCCCAACGAGACGUUGUACCCACUUGUUAGCCUCAAACUGUAUAAACAGUCUCAGGCGAUAGAAGAUCCGUUCAUUGAGCUCAAAGUAAAAGCAGUGGAAAAGCUUUUCAAAGAACUGGAGAAAUAUGAUAAUGGGAAAUUUUCAAGAUUCUACCUAGACCCGAUCGAGGAGUUUUGUGAAAGAUCAGUUGAACUUUCAUCUUUGAAAAUUGCAAAAUCCAGCCGCAGUAUUGACCUAGCGAACUUGAAGUCGGGAAAUUAUUGGUUAGAAUCAAUAAAACGACGAAAUUUAUCCCUACCAACUGAUCCAAUUCCAAUUACAUGCUCUGCCGAUGGGCGCAAACCUCGAGCAACCAUAACGGGCCUCGAACCUGUUGUAUCAAUAUCCACGUCUGGUCUCUCUUUACCAAAAAUUGCGACGUUUUAUCUCUCCGAUGGCUCGAAGCAUAAAGUUCUUAUGAAAGGCAGUAACGAUGACUUGAGGCAAGAUUCUAUUAUGGAACAGGUCUUCAAGCAAGUCAAUCAAAUUCUGAAAAAAAAUCCACAAACGCGAAAGCGAAGCCUUCGAAUAAGGACGUACGAGGUUGUACCGCUAGGGCCGCAAGCCGGUUUGAUUGAGUUUGUGCCGAAGUCAGUAUCGCUACAUGCUGUCUUGAACUUCUUACACGAUAAAGACGAGCUUACUUUUGAUAAGGCGAGGAAAAUGAUGAAGCAAGUUCAAAGUAAGCCAGUUGAAGAAAAGAUUGCUAUGUAUCUGAAGAUCACUGACUCAAUUAAGCCUCGGCUGCGGCACUUUUUCUUGGAUUCAUUCUGUGAUUCGCGAGACUGGUUAGAGGCAAAAUAUGCCUAUACCAAGGGAGUAGUAACAACAUCCAUAGUGGGCUACAUAUUAGGCCUCGGUGAUAGACAUCUCAACAAUAUUUUGCUUGAUGUGUCAAACGGAGAACCGGUCCAUAUUGAUUUGGGCGUUGCGUUCGACCAAGGAAGACUUCUACCUAUUCCAGAAUUAGUUCCCUUCCGAUUAACAAGAGAAAUUGUAGAUGGAUUAGGCGUUACGGGAGUUGAAGGAGUGUUUCGCCGGAAUUGCGAAAGGGUCUUUUCAGUUUUGCAUUCAGAGCGUGAGAGAGUGAUGAAUGUGCUCAACGUUCUGAAGUGGGAUCCCUUAUACUCCUGGGUCGUGUCCCCACUGCGAAAGCGAAAGCUUCAGGUUAAUAUAUCAGACGACAGCGAAUAUCGUGACAUAAAUGCUCAUAAGGGUUCACCGGCAAGGGACAAUGAUGAAUCUAUGCGCGCGCUUAAAGAUGUGCAAAGCAAAUUGGAGGGACGUGGUUUGAGCGUCGAGGCAACAGUCGAAGAGCUGAUUCAACAAGCCACAGAUGUAAGUAAUUUGGCCAGCAUAUACAUGGGGUGGUCACCCUUCUACUGA